GUGAUCCGUCGAGCUGAAAAUCUCGCAAAUGGUCUAUUGGUGUUGGGGAAUGAAAAAGGUCAAGCAACCUUCAUAGCAGUCUGUUCGAAAAAUAGGCUCGAGGUAGAUACGUUCUUUCAUGAACUAAUUCUCACAUGGAUUAUAAGUGAAUUGGCUGCAUACAGUUACAGUGAUAUAAUUGUUUCGUUGUACGACACUUUGGGAGCAGAGGCGAGAACAUUUAUCACUUCAAUGUUGGCUGAUGAGGCGUCGAAAGUACCAUCACUGAAGCACAUUAUCGUCAUCGAGCCAUUCAGCGAAGAGCUGAAAGUACGAGCCGAAGCAGCUGGCAUCUCAGUGCAUCGCUUCAGUGAAGUCGAGAAGCUACCAAAACCCGAAGAUAUAUCCACGGUGUGCUAUACGUCAGGCACUACGGGCACUCCGGAAGGUGUAAUACUAACGCACGCAAAUGUUAUCGCUGGUACAACUUGUCUCAACAUAUUUGCCAAUCUAAAAAUCACCAGUGAGGUAAUGUCUGAAGUGAACAAAUCAGUUUUUACUCGGCUUUUAUGUACUGUUGCAAUGGCGUGCAAGAAGAAUGAAUUACGAUGUGGAAUUCUCCGACAGGAUUCAUUCUUUGAUCAAAUCGUUUUCAAGAAGACCCGAGACAAAUUUGGUGGUCACGUUAGGCUAAUGACCAUCGGAUCAGCACCAGUUGCACCUGAUGUGCUAAUAUUUGUGAGAGCAGCGUUUGGGUGCAUUGUGAUUCAAGGAUACUACAAAAACGCAAAAGCAACCGAAGAAACUCUUGACAGGAACGAUUGA